AUGAUGGUUGCAUGCUCCUUGUUACGGCGGGAUGGUGCAAUCAAGCAUCACCAGGAGCGUGUUGACCAGGCAGCACGAGAGUGGAAGGCCAUGACUCCCGCGGAGAAGAUUCAGGCGAGGGCCGGCUUUGUCGUCAAACUCGGCUGUGGAUCCGCACGUCGUCGGACUGCUACUUCCGUGGCCAGAGAGUGCUCGCUUCAGAACCGGGAUGUCACGAUAAAGGCCGCCGGCGCGCUCGUGCCCACGCCCUCUGUGGAGGCGUCGUCCGCGGAGAUCUACGCGAGGGAAGUCUACCAGUUCGCCAUGGACGGUGCCAACCUCUCCCCGGGGUUCAGGCUGAUGUUCGACCCCCCACUGCACGAAGUCGAGGCGUUUAAGCAAAAUGUGGGAAAGUUGUUGCUCCUGCAGUUUGUUUCGGCGACACGAAUCGAAAUAUCCUGCAUGGAGAUGAGUUGUUUUUUGGCUGAACCGGGCGAACUCAAGGUGGUCGCGAUCGACACCGGCGCCGGCUCGGUUCGGCUCAACCCCGAGGACGGAGGCGUUGUGAUCGCCACGGUCAAGCCUCACAUCAAGCUUCAGCAAGACGAGAACUUGCUCAUCUACCAGUCGACCAAACAGAUUCGGAUCGCUGGCAGCGGAGCGGCACGUUUGCUACCGAACGGGCGCUAUACAACUCUGCAGUUUUUUAUGUCGCCUUCGAGCAUCCCCCCCACAGUGUUUGGCCUAACAAUCGAUCAAUGUGUCACGCCGCAUCAGCUGGUGAAAGUGUCACUCAACUUGCCGCAACCAUUGUCUGUACUACCACAGGGUCCUUCCUUUCUGCCGAUGGCUCUGUUGGUGUCGAGUGUCAAAGCUAGCCCCGGAACGGUGGAUUUCGGGUGGUUAGGGGUGCUAAAUGGCCGGAAGGUUGCCAUCGUGUUCGAAGACCCUAGCAUCCAAGCAAGGAACACCGAGAUUUACCGCGGCUCCACGCGCGAGCUAACCGUCUACGGCACCGGUUUCAACAAUGUGGUUCAACCGAUCCUGGUAUUCGAAUCGCCUCUCGACGACACGACCGUCAACGUCCACGACAUCAUCAACACCGGUAUUUUUCUGACGGAUACCAACUUCGGUCUAAGGCCCAAGCUGUACUUCGAUUCGGCCCUACCGGAAAACGCGGUGCAGCAGUUUAUUCCAUCGACUGAGAUCGCCAUCACCAGGAACUUCAGCUUUGACAUACCACCUCGCCCGCAAGUGCCCAGCCCGUGGAGGCCAGAGCCAGGACCGCUCAAGAUCGUCGCGAUCGACAACGGCGCCGGUCGAGUACCGCUGAAUCCGGAGAACGGAGGCGUUGUGGCUGCCACGGUGUCGGCCAAUGUCAUGAUUCAGCCCAACAAAGAUUUGCACAUUUACCGGUCGGCCAAGCAGAUCCAGGUCACCGGUGGCAGCUUCGACCACGACAUCUGUUCGUGGGUCUACGGACAUGGGCUGGGGGAAGAGACCUCAGCCACGCAACAGCAACACGCCGAGGAUCCGGCGAUUGCGAGGCUGGAGGGCCAGUUAUCGCAACUGAUGAGCGUAGUGAUGGAGUUGAAGAGGAAGGAGCCUGGUGACGCCGUGGCGGGCGAUGCCAGUAGGGGCAGCGGUGCUGCCGUCCCAAGCCAGAGAGAGGCUCUGCCGCCUGGGGGCGGCGGGGCAUUUUCCCGGGAAACGGCCCGUGAUGGGCGAAAUCACCCGCGGGAAAGCAGCUGGGACAACAUACCGGGAGCGAGUCCUGGGGUUCCAGCGAGAGUGACGACUGGCUGGGCAAGUAGAUCGGGAGCGAAUCCUGUGGGGCCAGCCGGAAUGAGCCCGGGCGUAGGACCGGACCGCGGGGAAGCGAGGGGGUUAAGCCCCCAAGGCUUGGACGGGCAGCUUAUCGGCAACGCCGAGAAGCACGCACCCGUCGGUGACCCAAACAGGCCUAGCUCGGAGCUGUAUAGCUUGGGCUACACAAGUGAUGAGGUUCAGAGGGGCCUCCAGGCGUUCCACUUUGUGACUACAGCCAUCGUCCGAGAAGCCGACAAGGCAAUCGUGAACAAAUGCGAGACCGCAAAGGAAAUUCUUGCGGAACUCGACAAAGUACACAACCCGGAGUCGCAGGGCUCGAAACAAGCCCUCAUGAAGAAGAUGUUUCGAUUCACGAUCCCCGCACACAGCAACAGCAACCCUGUCGAGCAUCUAUACACGCUCGAGCUGCUGUACUCACGACUGCGGGAAAAAGGGCUCAACGCUGACACACCCUUUGUUCUCGCACACUUUGUCGAUGCCCUUCCACCCGAGUACCAACAAGCCAAAUUCUUGUUGGAGACGGCUACAACUCUGGACCGGGGCGAGAUAAUCAGGGUCGUCAGUACCGUGCACGCGAGCCUCCCGGAGGGGAGGAGGGCCACGAAGGGCCAGCGGAAGGCGGAGCAUGCUUUCCUCGCGAGCGACGGUGGCAACAGGGGCGGAGCGCCCGGCCGCAGCAGCGGCGGCCACAGCAAGGGCGGCGGCGGCGGUGGCAGCCAGAAGGGGAAAGGGGGUGGUCGCAAGGGCGGUGGUGGUGGCAACAGCGGCGGAGGCGGCGGCGGUGCAGGUAGCAUGCACGGCCGCUGCUUCCGGUGCGGAGAGAAGGGUCACCAGGCGGCCGCCUGUACCAAGCCGGAGCCCCUGCGAUGCGAGAAAUGCCUGGGCUACGGACACGACAAGAGCAAGUGCUCGUCCGAGCAGGCGGUGCUCGCGGUGGAGCUGCCGGUCUUGGACGCCACCGCACUGGACGUGGCAGAGGAGGCGCUAGUGGUCCGUGACUUCACAGGCGAGUGGAACAGAGUCGUUGAUCGAGGGGGUGUAGAGCAGGCCAGGCAGGAAAGGUUUGUGGCCGAUACCGGCGCAACCAACCACAUGUUCCCGAGCGCUAACGCGUUCGAAAACUACCAUGAGUGCGAUCGACGUUUGAGUGUCGCCGCAGGGAAGCAAGCCUUCGCCAUAGUAGGCUACGGCGACGUGAGGGUGACCAUCGGUUCUCGCGUUGGGACCACAGACCUGCUGUUGAAACGGGUCGCUCAUGUGCCGGAGCUGAAUUACAACCUCGUGUCCCUCACAGCCCUUUUGAAGCAAACCAAGGGCCGCUUAGCCGCAGACGAGCGUGAGUUGGAGGUGUUCGUUGGUGGGGGGGAGUCGGUGUACUUCCCUCUAUGGGGGGACCUGUUCGUUCAGACUGGUCACCGCAUAAACUCGGGUAGGGAACUAGCCUGUGCCAUAAUUGCUCCUGGUAACGCGAAAGCGAACCGCACCCCCGUUGACAUCAACGACUUCCACUGCGCGCACGGCCACUCCCACGAGGUGCUGCUGAAGAACACGGCGAAGCAGCAAGGGGUGACGCUGGUGGGCCAGCUCCGGGAGUGCAUGGGGUGCUCGACGGCAAAGGGGCUAUCCAAGCCCAUCCCCAACAGGACGUCCACCCGUGCACCGCUGCCUCCCAUUGCAGAGGAGGACGAGGAGCUCACGACUGGGGAGCACGAGGGCGGGGAGGGUGCGUCAUGCCACGGUGGAGGGAGGGCGGAGGGAGAACCUGAGGAUGGAGGUUUCCACCUUGACACGACGGCAAACCCGGGGCCCGCGGAGCCGCCCGCGCGUGAUGCGCCGGCGGCGCCGCCGGCCGCGCCCCAGGAGUCGGGCGCGGGCGACGCUGGCGAUGGCGCCCCCUCGAGCAGGGAGGGCGCGAGCGUCGCCCCAUCUACCACGUCGACCGGGAUGGCCGAUGUGGGCGGCGGUGAGGACGACCGUCGCAGCAGCAGCAGCCGCGGUGGCGGCAGCAGCAGCAGCAGCAGCAGCAGCAGCAGCAGCAGCAGCAACAGCAGCGGUAGCGGCAGUGACAGCGGCAGCGACACGGACAUCCCGGCCCUCCGCGGGCCCGAGGGACGGAAGCUCGCCCGCUUUGGCGAGCCGGCGGAGCUCACCAGCCGCCGACUCAGGGAGAACCCUCGCCGGAACAUGAGGUACGAGUCGUCGCCGUCGCCAACGAGUGCCGAAGGCCUGCUCGCCCGCCAUGCGUCGGAGGCGGGGCUGCCCAUCCUGCCCAUCAACAGCACGACGGAGCACACCCACUGGAUGAUCGCGUGUGUGGUCGACGUGGUGGAAGAGCUAGAGGCGAGGGCGGUGCAAGCGCUGCUGUGCGAGCGCGCGGAGGAGGCCAACAUCGCGCGCCAAGAGGCAGAGGACUUCCUGCUGGGAGCGGAGGACCUCGUGCUCAACUCUCCAGACGCCUUCGCGAGGGCCCUGGCGUCGACCGAGCUGAGUACAGAAUCCCCCAUAGGCAAGCGACCGAAGCGGGAUGACGAGAGUGGAGGGGAAUGGCCGGUGAGGGAGGCCAUCGGCAGCAUGAUGUGGGUGUCGACGUUCUCGCGCCCGGACAUCUCGUUCGCCGUGCGUGCGGUAGCGCGCCAUGCCCAUGCCCCUGCCGAGAGGCACUGGAAGGCGAUCGUGAAGAUCCUCGCCUACCUCAAAGAGACGAGGGACCUCGGGAUCACCUACGAACGGGGAUCGGGGUUGGGGCUGGCGGUGUACGUGGACGCUAGCUACGCCGACGCUGAGGAUAGGCGUUCGGUGUCAGGGCUGGCAACAACGGUUGGAGGGACCGUCAUCAGCCACGGUAGCAAGACGCAAGCUAUCGUAUCUUUGUCGUCUACGGAGGCAGAGUACAUUGCUGCCGGGGAGGGUGUGAAGGAAGCUUUGUUUGUGCGUGCAGUGCUUUCGUUUAUUGCCCCAGAGACCAGUGGCAGCAGCAUUCAGGUCCUUGAGGACAAUCAGGGGGCUAUGGCUUUGGUGCAGAACCCCCUCAGCUCAGCGCGUAGCAAGCACAUCGACGUGAGGUACCACUUCAUUCGUGGAUUGUUCAGGUCGGGGGACAUCUCGAUCAAGUUUGUGUCGACGUCGGAGCAGCAUGCCGACAUGCUUACCAAGGCUCUUAGCAAGAGCAGUCUGCAGUUGUGGAGAAAAGCUAGCUCUCUGUGGUUGAUGCGCUUGAUGCGUGUCGCGAAGGUGGCCUUAACCCCUGAACAUCUUGAUUCCGCUUUUCACAAUCAAUCGUCAUCGGUGUCAAAGGUUUUCCACCUGGGAGGAAAGGUUUUCCUCCUGGGAGGUGACGACGACGGAGUAGGGGCUGGUGACGUCGAAAUCGACACUUUGUCCGCCAGUCAGAUGGCCAUAACGCUAGCCAAAGGAAGCGUGUGGGUGAAGGUACGGAUGCGUAGCGAGCAGAAGCACGAUCUGCAGUACAUGCCAGACAUUUUUCUGGGCGGCGGGCCCUCGUUGUUAUUUGGAGGACCUAUCGAAACUGUUUUUGAGGAACCAAGCAUCAACGCGUCGGACAUCGAGAUCAGCCACACUGGUUCUCAAGACCUAGUGAUUUGGGGCACCGGCUUCAACAACAUGGUUGCGCUGGUGAUGGACUUCGACCCACCGCUUGACUUGGCGAGCGUUCAUGUUAAUGGCUUUUUUGGACUUAUGGACAUAACCCAGAGAGCGGUGCGGAGCCCGAAAAAGAAGAAUUCGGCAAGAAGGUUGAUUUCGCCGUCGGCCUCCUCGACGGUCAUCUACAUAGGCUCCACCGACAGCCUCGGCGUGACAGGCGACAACUUCGACAUGGCGACCAGGCUGAUAUUCAACCCCCCUCUGGGGACGGGGUUAGAGAUGCGGGUAGGAAGAUGCCAAAUCUAUCGACACAGCUCGACCAACACUGGCGGCGUCUCGUACCUGUCUGGGUCGUGCUAUGGGUGCACGACGCUGUCGUAUGGAUGGUCGGAAGGGUUUCUACCGGCGUCGUUCCCUCCACCACUGGCGGCAUAUUUCCUCGUUUCCCGUUGAGUUCCCCCAUGCUUUUUCUGUUUUGCUGUACGCGUUGCUGCCAAACUAGGUGUUUUCGAGAACGGAGAUCGACGUCUUUACUAAAACUGUGAUCGGCCGGGCGCCGAGCACGUGGAGGGCCGAGCCCGGUUCGCUCAAGGUGGUUGCAAUUUACACCGGCGCCGGCUUGGUGCAGCUCAACCCCGAGGACGGGGGCGUGGUAGUGGCUAUGAAUCAAUAGCACCAGGCCUCGGUUGCGUUCCGAGUGGCGCCGUGUUCGUCUCGGGCACCGAUGUUGGCCCGGUGUUCACCGAGCGUCAGCUUCAGGCAAAACUUGUGCUCCAAUCGGAGGCGCUGUGCCUCCACCUCGUGGGCUAUACCCCUUGUUGUGUAGCCGUUUUUUCUCAACCGCUGGUCGUAUUUGGCUGCCCCACACAAUAGCUUGCCGGAUAGCCGUUACUCGUAGUGGCACAGUAGUGCGAGUGAUUAGGUAGUGGUGUUCUACCUGCAGACACAUACACCCGCGUCGUGAAGGGAAGGGGUUCAUACUGCACCAGUCCACCGCUUACCGCACCCCCAUCGUAUUAUUUUCUUAGGUCAGAAUUGCCUAGGAGUUGUAUUGGUCUUUCCUGGACACGUAUUGGUAAAUUCAACAACGUCUGGUUGCG